AUGGACCCCCUGGUCAGGGCUGGUUUGAGGCCGAACACCUGCACGUGUUUGAAGCCAUCAGAAGCUCUCGCGUUACCUCACCGCAGCUCCCCUGGGGCUGAGCUCUGCUGCCCCAGCAGAUCAGGAAGAAAGUACAAUCUUAUGAGCAAGACAGAUCACAGCACCUUCAUUCAGUUGGUGCUUUUGGAAUGUUCCUGGUGUGCAAAUCACUUUGGAAUCUAUCAAGAUCUUCUCAUUUUGUGCACUCCUACUACGGCUCCUCGAGGCAAUUUUGAGGCGAAGAGAUCAGGACGACAAAAGGAAAUUUAUCAGUAUAAAAACAAGACUCAGCUGAACGUGGUGCUGCAUGCCUUGCAAGACCAGCAUUGUGGGAGGCUGAGCCACAGUCCCCACACCAGCUCAUACUGUCAACCUGACCCCAAACUGGAGAAGAAGUGUUUCUGUCUGAAACCACAGAAGGCACCCACAAUUCACUCUGCCUUCAAAGCCAUGUUGAAAUCAUUUGUGUCUCUGCCUUGGCAUGCUCCAAACUACAAGUGGUUCCAAUUUUCAACUAGUGGCAGCAACCCUAAGCUAAGGAAGCAACGCGAUGUGCUGAUGGUGUUUGUUCAACAGAACAUGGCACAGUAUGCUGGGCUAGACCUCAUUGGCUGA